UGUCAAUAUUUAUGUUACUGUUUUAUCCAAAGAAAGAGCUAACAGUCUUCAUAUUUAUGAGAAUACAGGCUGUGAUAUAAACCAAACUGAACAAAAUACAGAAAAAGAUCGAUGGCCAUUGAUGAAUUACAUUCAAUCAUUAUUAGAAGGGAAAGGAACAGAUCAAAAAGUAGAAUCAUUAAGGGAUGAUUUCAGUCAAUAUCAACCUAUACCUAAUAUACACGGCCGAAGUUUUGUUAAACAGAUUCAGACUAUUUUGUGGCCAACAUGUAGAUGGUUUAAAAAAUUGUCAACUGAUAUAAUAUCUGAUAUUAAAUUAGAAGAUGAUCAAUAUAUUGUUGUGAAAGAAGAGGAAACAUCAAAAUCUGCCUCUGAGCCAGAUUCAUCGAAUUCAAAUUUACCAGAUGUAUUUGCACUAAUCGAAACUGAUUAUGGAUAUUAUUUUUUAGCUUCUUAUCGUAGUGCAACAUUACAAGACUUGAUUACUUAUAAUCCAGGUGUACUUAGCUCCAAUUUGAAAAUGUCAAUUAUUAUUUAUCAAUUACUUCGAGUCAUUGCUAGUUUACAUAGUAGAGGUGUUUUACACGGAAAUUUAAAAGCUUCUAAUAUUUUGGUAGAUGAGAACUUAUGGAUACAGUUAGCUGGCAUCGAAUUUGAACCAAAUCCCAUUGAUUUUGAUAUUAAAAAGUGGUUAUAUGAACAAGAAAUGUCAAAAAGGAUAAAAGAAAUACCCGAUGAGCCCCUAGUUGUCAAAUGGAUUAAGGGGAAGAUUUCAAAUUUUAGCUAUUUAAUGGCUCUAAAUUAUUUAGCAGGCCGAAGAGAAGGAGAUCCAAAUUUUUACCCUAUCCUACCUUGGGUUACUGAUUUCUCUGGACAAACAAUAGAAGACGGAUGGCGUGAUUUUAAAAAGACAAAGUUUAGAAUCAAUAAAGGAGAUGAACAACUUGAUUUUACAUUUGAUGGGCCUGUGCCCCAUCACAUUACUGAUAUCUUAUCAGAUAUAACAUAUUAUGUAUAUAAAGCAAGAAGAACACCUAUACCUGUUUUGUGCCAAUUUGUUAGAUCAAAAUAUGAACCAAAUGAAUAUCCAUCAUCAAUGCAAAGACUUUACCAAUGGACUCCUGAUGAAUGCAUACCCGAUUUUUAUACUGAUUCUUCCAUUUUCAAAUCUAUCCAUUCUGAUAUGCCAGACAUACAAAUGCCGGAAUGGGCAUCAUCUCCUGAAGAUUUCAUUCGAAAACAUUCAGAGGCUCUCGAAAGUGACCAUGUAUCUGCUAAUUUACAUCACUGGAUUGAUCUUACUUUUGGUCGUAAUUUGACUGGCAAAGGAGCUAUUGAAGCAAAGAAUGUAGCACUACCCUUGCUAGCAGGACAGAACAGCUUUAUGAAACACGGCAUUAUUCAGUUAUUUAAAGAUAAGCAUCCUGAACGUGGAUGUAAUUGGAAUAAACUAAAAAAGAAGAUACAAAAUGAUACAAUGUUAUCUGCUUCCUCUUCCAUAAUGAAUUCAGAGCGAUUAUAUAAUGAACUUAAAACGGAACAGUAUAGCGAUUGUGUUAAUACUAAAAUAGUAUCCUCAUCAAUUUCAGCUCCAACAAUAAUAGAAAAUUUAGCUACUAAUGCAGUAGAAACUGUAUCACCUUUGUAUGUUAUAAAUAGUAAUAAUAAUAAUAAUAAUAAUAAUAGUAGUAGUAGUAGUAGCAGACUAUAUAAAAAUAAUAGUGUAAGUAGUAGUGUAAGAAGCAGACAUACUGUUCUGUCAAAUAAUAAUAAUCAUACAGACGGCAUCACUAAUACAGCAGGAUUAGUAUCGCAUAUACCCAGCACCUUUACCUCAGCAGCAACAACUUCCACCGGAAAUGCAAGCGUAACAACUAAUAGAGAUCGAGCAUCUUCUAUUCAUUCUACAAUAUCAUCUAUUGACACCAGUCGAAGCCUGCCUUCCUCCUUUAUUAUCACUGCUACAGCUACCACAACUACAACAGUAGAACCCUUAAUAUCAGCAUUACGUACAGAGCCUAUUCACAUGCCUAUCAGUAUAGAAGACAAUUACUUUGUUGAUAAUCUUGAACAUUAUGAAAAUAUGAUGACCUUUGCUACGAAAUAUAAAUUUAUUGAUCGUGUUUCUAAUGCUGCUAAUAUUUGGAUUAAUCCUUGCUAUCCAAACCCACCUCAGCGAUUCGAGAUUGAUCCAGUCAUGUCUACUGAUAAAAUGAACGUCCUAGAUACGAACAAACUAUUUUUUGCAGUAGGAGCAGCUUAUGACAUGUAUUGUCUAGGAAAAAUUAUUGAACAAGUUUAUACAGCAGGAAAUUCAAAAAUGGUGGAUUCAGACGGAGAACCUUCAGAAGCACCUGCAAGUGGCUAUUUUCAGGUGGGCAAUGGUGAUGUAUCGUAUGAUAUUGCGCCUACAAGCAAAGUAGAUAUCAUACCUGCUGUGAAGAAUGUAAUUACAUCCUUAACUUGUGAAAAAUGGCAGGAUAGACCAACUGCUAAAGCGAUAUUAUGCUCUUCUUCCUUUCUUUUGAGUAACCCUUUUCUUCAUUGCUGCUAUUUACCUUUUCCAAAUACUGUAUCUGAAAUAUACGAAUAUUUAACUACUUUCCACCAAGCUGAAUGGUUAAGAAAACUAUAUUUAGCUGAUAAAUGGAUAGAUAGAAUUUGUGAUUUAGAUAAUGAGGCAUUUAUUUUAUUAUUGCCAAGUUUUUCGCAAUUAUUCAUACAUCCUGAGACACGUAUUGGUUCUAUUAGUUUAUUCCCAAAACUUGCUCAACGUUUAGGACCAGAAAAAACACGCCGUUAUCUCUUGAAAAGAAUUAUCUCUAUCUUUGAAUCACUUCGUCCACAUAUUCCAAAGAUUUUAUUUAGUGAAAAGAUUAUUUACGAAUUUAUUAAGCGACUAGGCAUUUCUGUUUUUUUACAGCAAUUACUACCUUGUUAUCUUGAAGCUUUAGCUGUUCAGGAAAACACCACUAUAAAUGUGGCAACAAACAAUGCGUAUUUAUCUACUACAACAACAGCUAAUAAUAGUAUCAAAACGAGCGAAGGUUUAUCAUCUAUAACAAGUAUUGCUGGAGAUGCUAUGGUUUAUAUUUGUAUAUUGCUAGGGCCCAUCCUAACAUCCAAACACAUCAUUCGACAAUUAAUUAAGAUCAUCUUACGAGAUAACCAAAUACGUCCGUCUCUAAUUCAUACAACCCUACGUAUUAUGAGUGCUUUCGGUGCAACAUUUACAGAAGUUCAGCAUGCUUAUUUAAUCAGUUUAAUAGAUACCUUUUAUUAUAAAUCAAGCAGCAAACUAACAACGAAAAAUGCACAGUCCAUUUAUGCUUUAUUAACAUUAUUACAAGAACUAAUACCAUAUAUGUCAAAUGAGGCUUUAAUGACAGAAUUUAAGUCAGGAUUUGGUACUACUUUGUAUCAACUAUUAGAGCCUGUCAUUCAACAAGAGAAAAGCAAUAUAGAUGAAUCUAUGAGUGAUACAAAGUAUUCUUCUUCCUUACUUUCUGACGAUCAAUUAAAACUUUGUUUAUCAGUUAGUGCAAAGACAAUUGACUAUUUAUUGAAAGUGUCUGAGAAGUUAACUUUUCCAGAAUGGGAAUUGACGAUUUUAUCUAUCCUACAAAAAUAUUUUUCUGCCUUCUCCAUCACAAGUUUAACGGCUGAUAAUGGGAUUGAUAAUCAAGCUAUUUCAAAAGUACUUGCUAGACAAAAGAAUUACCAGAUAAUGUAUUCUUAUUAUAAAUUUUGUACAAUUGUUUCAAGAGAAAAAAUGAGACAAGUAAUACCCACAAGGUAAUGAAAUCAUCAAUUUAUUCUAUGACUAUUGACAUA